AUGUCGACAGCAGCAGCAGCAAACAAAGCACCGUCUACGGGCACGCCUCGGCGCGAAGUCACGUCCAGGACCGCGUCCUCCUCCCCUGGAGCGGCGAAUCGAACUCCUGUCCGACCUUCGACAUCGACUACGAAUGGCCCAGGCGGCGUUGCGAGAACACGAUCUGUCCGGUCCAGCGUCAAUGGCGCCCCUGUCUCUGCGCGCGCAGCUGCUAAGCGGCCCACGGCACCGUCAACUCUAAGCAACGGGGAAUCGCAGGCCGAUGCCACCGAUGACGAGGCCAGAGAUGAGCAGGCCGUCUUCCUACAGGGCCUCAAGGAUCGGCUGCAGAAGGCGGAAACAGAAGCAGAGGAGCGCCAGAAGCAGGUCGAGGUUCUCAAUGCUCGGCUAGACGAAGCGCUCCAGGAGCAGGCCAAGCUCGAAGAGCGCGCACACGAAGAAGAGGAGAAGGUCGAGUCGUUAGACAACGAGAAGCGCGAGCUGACACGCCAACACCGCGAGUUGGAGGCCAUCUACGAAGCCGAGCGUGCACAAGCUAUGAAGGAGAAAGAGGAGACCCAUACCAGGGAAGAUGAGUUGCAGGACACGAUCCAGCGGUUGAAGGAGACAAUGGCCUCAAAACACGGCCAGACAGCCGAAGGUGACGAGGAGCAUUUGUCACGAUCCUCGAGCUUCCGCCACAAUCCCUCUCGCACCAACUCCUCGCAGAAUCUCGACAACGUUGCUUCCUUUGCACCGCCCUCGUCGAUCCAACGCAGCAACUCGCGUAACAAUUCGAAGCUCAUCCAUCAGAAGGAUAAGAUCAUCGAGGACUUGCGCCUAGAACUUGCCGAAUAUCAAGUCAAGGUUCUUGAAGUAGAGAACGCCGGCGGAGGGCGUCUGCGAGAACUGGAGAAGCAGCUUCUUGAGACACGCAUGACGAAUGCUAGGCUCAUGGAAGACAAUGAGAGCUUCCAACUGCUGUUGGGUGAGAAGACGCUCAACGGCGAUCUAAGUCGCGGCGACUUCCUGCGCGAGUCGUCGCACACUGAAGACCGCGCCCCAUCGCGUAACGGCCCAUCGACCAGCUUGGCCGACGAGCUUCAAUCGGCAGAAGAGGCUGAUGUAGAAGUGGUUCGCAAGCUCGAAGCCGAAAUCAGCAAUAUGAAAGACCAGAACAAGGCCCUAACUCUCUACAUCAACAAGAUCAUCGGCCGUCUCCUUACUUACCAAGGAUUUGAAUCGGUACUGGGUAAUGACCUUGAAGCAGACAACGCGCAGGGCGCGCCGGACAAGAACAAAGAGCUCCCGCCACCUCCACCUCAGGAGAAUGAACAGCCGCAAGGCUUUCUUCAGCGCGCAAAGUCUGUCGCCAUGGGCGGGAACCGCAAGCCGCGACCGUCGAGCAUGAUGGGCCCGCCACCUAUCGCACCUGCGACUAACCAGCAGAGUGUGAAUGAAGAUCCCGCGACCGCACCAAGCAUUCCUCUCACACGCUCAACAUCUAACCGCAAACCGAGUGGUGGCUACUCACAUCGCCGCUCCACCUCUGAAAUACCCCAGCCUGGCGCCGCGAAUGUCGUCAAUAACAUGUACCGCCCGUCUUCUGUGUCAACGACCCCUGGUGCAGUCUCGCCUGGCAUCGUCUCUCCACGCAACUCCUUCUUCGGCCUCCCCGUCAGCGGAGCCGGAAAUAGCAACCCGACAUCAAGAGUGCCUUCAGGCCAAGUUCCUAUCCACGAAGAGAGGGAGUAUGAUGCGAAGACCGAGACAUCUUCAUCAACGGCCAGCCAUGUGGAUACACCGAGCCCGCCGCGACGUUUGGAGAGGGGCGACACCAGCACUGGUGUCAUGACGGGUAAGGGUAUGCGGCCAUUACGGUUAGUGCAGAACGAAGAAGAGGCUGUGAAGGCGAGGAAGGCAGCCAACAGAGCGAGUUGGUUUGGUGGUCUGUUUGGACAGGCGCCACCACAACAGAAUCAGGAGAAUGGGCAGUAG